AUAGCGGACGCUUGGAUUAGAAACAGCGAUUGGGAAGAUGACAAUGAUUUAAACAACGACCUGGCUAAGUUUGUCAGUCUGAAUUUAAAGAGAAUGGAAAUAGCAGACUUCUUGAGAAAAGAUUACCCUAUGUACGCUUUGAGCCUUAGAAGUCUGGCACGCCGAAUGCAGUAUUUUGGAACAUUUCAAUUUACUACCUAUGAUGUCGAGGUAAAUGACGUGGAAGCAGCAGUAGAAAAAGAGAUUUCAGGUCCAGGAAAACUGCUUGGCUACAGAGCCAUGCAUAAGAAAAUACGAGAGAUACACGGUCUGAAUGUGCCAAGGGAUUUAGUUUACAUGGUAAUGGCUAAAGUGGAUCCCCGUGGUCUGGAGGAGACAGGAGGUUUUGGGAAAGCUAGGCGAAUCCGCAGAGAUAAAGUGUUCAUGAGCGGGCUGGAGUAA